GCCAAGAUCCUUCGUAACAUUUGCAAGGCAAUGGGACCCAACAACUGAGUGCUAAUUCAUGAUUGCGUGAUAUUUCACACAUUGCAAGAACCUGGCGUAGGAGCCAACGGGUUAAGCGUCGUCCCUGAACUUAUGUUACCGAACUUGGGGGUAGGCAGUCACAGGUCGUACCAAAUGGACCUUUCUAUGUGGUUUACUUUAGAUUGCAAAGAACGAACCUUGGACGAACUGAAGAUCAUUGGGCAAGUUCCUUAUAGUAUACCUCGAUCCGUUGGGGGAUCAUCGACUAGUGAUAAUUCACAGGACCGUUACUAGUCUAACACUCAUCCGAGCUUAUGAUUUUGCAAAUUCAACGAUCGUGGAGUUCAGAGUCGCUCAGAGCUGAUGCCAACAACAAAAUUCCCAAAUAAAAUAUUUAGUUGUUGCGUCUACCACCCAUAUCUUACAC